AUGGAUUUUUUCGAUAAAUUCAAGAUCUGGGGUUUGUUGAUCUGUUUGAUAUCUCAAUUCGCCCAUGGAUUUUACCUCCCUGGUAGUUACCCUCACAAAUACGUCAUAGGCGAUCCAUUAUCCGUAAAAGUCAACUCUUUGACUUCAAUCGAUACAGAAAUCCCUUACAGUUACUACAGCUUACCCUUCUGCAAACCCCCAGAAGGCGUAAAAGACAGUGCUGAAAACCUCGGUGAACUUCUAAUGGGUGAUCGGAUUGAAAACUCACCAUAUAAGUUCAAAAUGUACACAAACGAAACCCAAAUCUUUCUUUGCCAAACGAAACCAUUAUCCAGUGAAGAAUACAAGCUCUUAACAAACCGGAUCGAUGAGAUUUACCAAGUCAAUCUAAUCCUUGAUAACCUACCAGCCAUUCGUUACACCAAAAGAGACACUUACUACCUAAGAUGGACAGGGUACCCAAUUGGAAUCAAAGUUCAAGACGCAUAUUACGUGUUUAAUCACUUAAAGUUCACAGUUUUGGUUCAUAAAUACGAAGAAACAAAUGUUGCGAGUGUCAUGGGAACCGGGGAUGCCGCUGAAGCGAUUCCGGUCGGGAAACCGGAAUCCGACAUUCCAGGGUACAUGGUUGUCGGAUUCGAAGUAACUCCUUGUAGUGUCAAACACAACCCCGAAUCCCUAAAGAACUUAAAAACUUACAAUAACUACCCCUCCACAAUUUCUUGUGAAGAAAACACAGUCAACAUGGCUAUAAAGGAAAACGAGCCGAUAGCAUUUACAUACGAUGUCACAUUCGUGGAAAGUGACAUCAAAUGGCCAUCAAGAUGGGACGCGUAUUUGAAAAUGGAAGGAGCAAAAGUCCAUUGGUUUUCAAUCUUGAAUUCCCUCAUGGUGAUUACGUUUCUAGCCGGAAUUGUUUUGGUAAUCUUUUUGAGAACCGUUCGACGCGAUUUAACGCAUUAUGAAGAACUCGAUAAAGAAGCGCAAGCGCAGAUGAACGAGGAAUUAUCCGGAUGGAAGCUCGUCGUAGCUGACGUGUUUCGCGCCCCGGACAAUCCCGCGCUCCUCUGCGUAAUGGUCGGAGACGGUGUUCAAAUCCUUGGAAUGGCGGUCGUCACCAUCAUGUUUGCCGCUUUGGGAUUCAUGUCCCCGGCGAGCCGCGGUACUUUAGUCACCGGAAUGUUGAUUUUCUACAUGAUACUUGGGAUUCUCGCCGGAUACGUCGCGGUCCGUAUGUGGCGGACGAUUUUCUCCGGCGAUCACAAAGGAUGGGUAUCCGUGUCAUGGAAAGUCGCGUGUUUUUUCCCCGGAAUCGCGUUUUCCAUUCUUUUCGUGCUAAAUUUCCUUCUAUGGGGUUCACAUUCCACCGGCGCGAUUCCAUUCUCGUUGUUCGUAAUCCUAAUCCUUUUAUGGUUUUGCAUUUCCGUUCCUUUAACUUUCGUUGGCGGUUACUUCGGCGCAAAAGCGAAUCACAUUGAGUACCCUGUCCGUACAAACCAAAUCCCGCGUGAAAUUCCAUCCCAAAAAUACCCUUCGUGGCUACUUGUCCUUGGUGCGGGAACUCUACCCUUUGGUACCCUUUUCAUUGAACUUUUUUUCAUCAUGUCGAGUAUUUGGAUGGGGCGCGUGUACUACGUGUUUGGGUUUUUGUUUGUGGUGUUGAUUCUUUUAGUGGUGGUGUGUGCGGAGGUGUCGUUGGUGUUGACAUACAUGCAUCUUUGUGUUGAGGAUUGGAAGUGGUGGUGGAAGUCUUUCUUUGCUUCGGGUUCGGUGGCGUUAUAUAUCUUCUUGUAUUCGAUUAACUAUUUGAUUUUUGAUUUGAAGAGUUUGAGUGGGCCCGUAUCGGCUACACUUUACUUGGGGUACUCGUUGUUGAUGGUUCUAGCCGUGAUGUUAGCCACUGGAACCGUUGGGUUCCUUUCGUCCUUUUGGUUCGUGCAUUACUUGUUCUCAUCGGUGAAGCUUGAUUAA